GAGUUGAACUGAACUCAAAAUAAAUUGGGAAGAACAUGUCUUAAAAAUAAUAAUCGUAUCUAUAAUCUAUAUAAUAAUAUUUAGAGUCAUAACGAAUUUUCGAUACACAAUAAGUUAUUAUAAACUCGUUGAUUCAAUUUUUUUUUUUUAAAUCUUUUGGAGUCUUACAUUUUCGGGUAUUUUGCAUCAAAAGAAAAAUCUUACAGGCGCAAAUUCAAUUUCUUUAGAACUCUAGAACCACUUCACUCAAAAAAAAAAAAAAAAACCUCCAAAACCUCUCAUACGCAAAUUCAAUUGCAGCUGGAAACACGAUAUUAGUAAUGGUCAAAUCCCAAUUUUUGUUAGCCAUUGGGAUUCAUUGGAACUUUAUAUGAAUUUCUUUUACUUCCUGUUCGCCUUUGCGCCCAUGAAAUACAAGGCGCUUUCUGAAAAUGUUUGGUGCUGCUGCUGAAAGGGGUCUUGAGGCAUAUACUACAGAGAGCAUGGCAGGGGAAUCCAGUAUAAAUACCCCAUUUUUGCUGCCGGACAAGGAGCUAAGCUUUGGAAACACAUCAAACAGUUCCCCUAGCGAGCUAGAAAACAGAAGGAAACGCUGUCGAACUUGUGAAGAACCCUUUAUUCAGCAGUUUGCUGCUAACCAGAUAAGUUCAGGCCCGAGUGAUAAAAUCUUAUCACUAGAUAGAGAUGAGAAUCUUGUCAGUUGGCCACAAAACUUUACUUUCCAAAGUACUGGGCUGAAUAAGUCUGCUGGAGGAUUUGAAUCAAAACAGUCUUCUUUUUUGGGUAAGAAUUGUGGUCAGUUGGCAAAGAAAUCACCCUCUGGAAUUCAAAAGAACUUGAGCAAUGCUGGGUUAUUCGCUUUACAUGGAAAUCAUGUUGGAAGUGAGAAAAGGGAAGAUGUGGUGAAAUCUGUUGAUUUAACAAAGGAAAUUGAGGAUGCAAUUAGCAGAAUCGAGUCCCUCAUUCCAUCACUUCAAAAGCUGGUCUAUUCAGCUCAUUCACCCAAGCAACAGAGUGUUGGUAAUUUGGGUUUGCCCAAUUUUUCAAGGCCAGUAAUUUCUACAGGAAAGGAAAAAGAUAGAGUGAUCACAAAGAAUGAGCUAGGCCUCACUGACAAGUCAGCUGCACUUGGUGAAAAUAUGUUUAGUAAACAAGCAAGUCAAUUGCUUACAAAGUGGAAAAUUCCAGCUUAUCCCAAGGUAAAAUGUAGCAGGAAUGUUGAGUGUGUUAAUGACGAUGAUAUGCUAAAACGAACUCUCUAUCUGAGAGAAGCUGGUGAUCAUAAGGAUAAAGAGAUUAGAUGUUCGGAUGUAAAUAUGACUCCAAAUGUGGCUGAUAAACCGCUAAGUUGGUUAUCAGGUCAGAAUGAUGGUAGAAUGAGGAACUUUGUGUUGGAUAAGAGUCUCAAUGCUCGAGUUAGUCAGGUUCCCAGGCCUGAGUUUAAGGCCGCCAUGGAGAAGUCACUAGAAAGUACACCAAGUAGGGGCAGAUCUUUUGCAAGUCAUAACCCAGAGCACAUAGAAGGUUUAAGGAUCAUGCCACCUCAGUCCUAUUGUCAAAAGGCCAUUGAAAAAGAUGUGACAUUGAAACCCUGCACACAAUCUUCAUCUGUGGGAUCCACAAAUUUCAUGAGACAAAACAGAACAAAUAAUAUGGGUACUUCUCAUCAGAAAUGGAGUCAGACUCCUACAAGUGGAAGAUAUGCACAAGAAAAAGGCAAACAGUCAGAUAUGAUCAAGUCUAGAGGUUCCUCUAAUAGAAAUACUGUAACGAGGAAAAAUAAAAAUGGGGAUUUGCAUGGCAAGGUUGUACCUCAGGAAAGAAUUUCAGAGGAGACGAGCUGGAGUUCAUGCGCUUCUUCUAGUGUGACAACUCCACAAAGUGGCUCACCAUCUUCUUCAAGUGGGACCUAUGAAUCAUCUGGAACUGAUUAUUAUGACAGUGAUGAAAGUGAGCCACCACGUGAGAAAGUAUCCCGGUCAACAAGAAGGAAACAGCCUGAACCUGAAGUUCCCCAGAGUAGUGCUUCAGGUUAUGCUGAUACUUCUUCCUAUUACAACAGUCAAGAUGAGUACUCAGAUACAGGUCCCUCAAGCCAAAUGAGUUCAGCGCGAUGCCAUAGCUGGGAACUACGGAAGGAACGAGUUAAGAAAAGAGGAGGUAAGUUAAGGAGACUUAAGAAGAGGCUUGGGAUGAUUUUUCACCAUCACCACCAUCACCACCACCAUCAUUACAAUAGUGAUGGGGAUGAGCCUGAUGUGCAUCAUGCUAGGUCAUUUUGGAAAGUACUUGGGGAGAUGUUUCAUCACACGAAAGGUACUGAUCAUCGUCAAAAACCAAAGGCAGAGAAGCCAAAAAAAAACGGGACCAAGGCUCUGGUGAAAAGGAAGCAACAAGGAGGACAUUUUCAUGCACUUGUAGGUGGGCUAAUAAAGCACAUGAAGCAUUCUAAGAACCCCAAACAGGUGAAGACUGGCAGUAAGGGGCAUGGAAAUCGCCGUCACGGGGGUAAAAAAGAGGGAAAAAAUUUGCCAUGGUGGCCAAAGAUUCACAGGGGAGGAAGAGGUGGAGUGAAAAUGCCCAACAAGGGAAAGGUUCAGCUUGGAAAUUAUUAUAGGACAAAAAGUUUGGCUGCAGCCAAGAUGAUUCUGAAGAAAUGAAAACCUCUUUUUUCUUCUUGCUAAAUAGAGAGGUCUAUACUUAAGUACCUAAACCUUACCUAGUAAAAGUUUCUUGGAGUUGGCUUCUUGUUUUGUAUAUUACUACUAACUAGGUUAGGACACAGCUCGAACUAGGAUGUGGUUCAAGUUUGUUACUCUAAAACACCUAAUUAUUGAUGCUUUAUGCUGGAGGAGUAAUACUGUGGUAAUUGGUCCAAUAGAUUACAGUAAGAUUCUUCAUGUAAAAUAGAUCUUAGAAUUGUACAUUCCAAGUUAGAUCAAAUCUUGAAUUAUAUUGUUACUGAGUUUA